UUGUGAAGUUGAGCACAAGCAUUCAACUUAUAAAUUUUUGUUGGUCUCAAUUUUUUUGGACACAACAUUUAAUUGCGAUGUCUACUUUGAAGGGAGAUAACAUUUCUUCUAUUUCUUCUGUGGAAACACCUCAAAAAUAUUUAAAUCUGUGGAACGAUGAGUUUGUCCAAUCUAUGGAAACACCAUAUGGGGGAUCUGAAUACCGAGAACGUGUGGAAACACUAGUUAAGGAAGUGAAAAUGUUUUUAAAAGAAAUGCAAACUGGAUUAGAUGGUGAUUUGAUCGAGCGACUUGAGAUGGUUGAUGCAUUGCAAUGCCUCGGAAUAGAUCCAUAUUUUCAGGCUGAAAUAAAAGAAGCUCUUGAUUAUGUUUACGGAUGUUGGGAUGGAAGUGUGGGCAUGGGAUUAGAAUCCAGAAGUGUUACGAAGAAUUUGAAUGCUACAGCUUUAGGACUCAGACUUCUCAGGCUCCAUCGUUAUGGUGUAUCUGUGGAAUAUGCACUCUUGUAUGAAUGGACUCAUACCUUUUCUAGAUGGGAGGCACAAAAUUUCAUUGAAAUAUAUGAAGAGGACAAUUUCAAGUUAAAGGAUAACAAGAUUCUGGAAUUGGCAAAAUUAGAUUUCAAUAUAUUACAGUUUGUGUACAAGAUGGAGAUGAAAAAAGUCUCUAGUUGGUGGGCAGAAUGCGAGAUCAUUAAAUUGAUUUCAAUUAGACAACGUCCCAUGGAAUAUUAUUUGUUAGGAGUUAGUGCUGCAGAUGAAGAGGAAUUUUGUAGUAGUAGAAUGGCUUUUACCAAAUCAACAACACUUCUUUCUUUAGUGGACGAUCUUCUUGAUGAUUACUUAACAUUUGAGCAAGCUGAACUUGUUGUUAGGUCUAUUACUCAAGGUUGGGAUAUUUCUAUUGUACAAGAUAUUCCAGUUGAUUUCAAGAGAAUUCUAGAAUUUAUUUUUCAAACAGUACAUGAAUUGGCAAAUGAGGCAACUGGAAAGCAAGGACGUGACAUGAUGCCAUUUAUUACAAAAGUAUGGGCAGAUUAUGCUGAAGCUAGUUUACAACAAGCACAGUGGAACAUAAGUAAACAUGUUCCAACCUAUAAUGAGUACAUGAACAUUGCAUCAACAACAGCAGCAAUUGGACCAUUAUUGUUGCACCCUCUUCUCUUGGCAACUCAACAUUUAGAAGACAACACUAUUCAAAAGACAUUUAAUAAUCAAUGCAGAUUCUAUGAGCUCAUAUGGAUGUCUUCACGUUUAAUUGAUGAUUUUCAUGAUUACCAGGAUGAUAAACUCCAUGGACAGAUAGCCUCAACAAUUUCCUGUUAUAUGAUAGAUCAUCUUGAAUGUUCAGAAGAAGAGGCAAUAAACCACAUCAACUAUAUGAUUGACCAAUUACUUAAAGAAUUAACAUGGGAAUUUCUAAAUCAAGAUAGUGCUUUGCUUGAUUGGGAAAAGAUAAGCUUCAACUUCAAUAGAGGAUUGCAAUGUUUCUAUGCAUUUGGAGAUGGCUUUUCAUAUCAUGACAAAGGAAUCAAGAACCGGAUAAAGAAAGUUCUUGUUGAUCCAAUAAAAUUCUAAAAAGGUUAGAGUGUUACAUAAGUAGUCCCAAAGCCUUAUUCAAAAUACGAUGUAAUCUAUUUGGCUCUUGCUUUACUAUUUCUAUGACUAGUUUUGUUCCAAUUUUAGUUUUUGAUGGUUUGUGUUUCAAAUUUGUAAUGGGUUGGGGGCCUUCCUGUAGUACCCCUUCCCCGAUCAUACUAUUCACGUGUGUAUUUUGACUAAGUUUGACUUUUUAGUACCUUUGUAGACUGGUCAUGAUGUUUAUGUGCAACUAGUAUGCUAUCAUGAUGACAUAUGCUUUAAUGUGUGUGUGUUUUAGUUAAUGAUGAAUAUGCAUUAAUUUAUUGAUGAUGAUUAACUAUUGAUUUUAA